CCUAUAAAGUCGAGGGCACCGCAGCUCCAUUUGGAAUAUAGAUUUUACAAACAGCUGGGAAACUCGGAGGGGAUCCCGCAGGUGUACUACUUCGGUCCGUGUGGUAAAUAUAACGCCAUGGUCCUGGAGCUGCUGGGGCCCAGUCUAGAGGAUCUGUUUGACCUCUGUGACCGCACCUUCUCCCUCAAGACCGUCCUCAUGAUCGCCAUACAGCUGAUAACGCGGAUGGAGUACGUCCACACUAAGAGCCUGAUCUACAGAGACGUGAAGCCGGAGAACUUUCUGGUGGGACGACCGGGGAGCAAGAGGCAGCACACGAUUCACAUCAUCGACUUUGGUUUGGCCAAAGAAUACAUCGACCCCGAGACCAAAAAACACAUCCCCUACAGGGAGCACAAGAGUCUGACAGGGACUGCACGCUACAUGAGCAUCAACACACAUCUGGGCAAAGAGCAAAGCAGAAGGGACGAUUUGGAGGCACUGGGCCACAUGUUUAUGUACUUUCUUCGAGGUAGCCUUCCAUGGCAGGGCCUAAAGGCGGACACUUUGAAGGAGCGGUACCAGAAAAUCGGGGACACCAAACGGGCCACACCAAUAGAAGUUCUUUGUGAAAAUUUCCCAGAAGAAAUGGCCACCUACCUGCGAUAUGUGAGAAGACUGGAUUUCUUUGAGAAGCCGGAUUACGACUACUUAAGGAAGCUCUUCACUGACCUCUUCGAUAGAAACGGCUUUGUCUUUGAUUAUGAGUAUGACUGGGUCGGCAAGUCACUACCCACUCCUAUAGGCCCCAUCCCCAGUGACACGCCCGUCCAGCCCAGCAGAGACAAAGCACAGCAGCAGACCAAAAACCCGUCGCCAGAGCCCAAAGGAAGCGAGUCUCAGCCCACCCCAGUGACCACUAAGGAGACUUUGGGGUCCCACCUCACAGCUGAGCGCUUGGGGGGCUCUGUACAGGUGAUGAGCUCCACAAACGGAGAGCUGAACACAGAUGACGCGGUACACUCCAACGCCCCCAUCACCGCGGCAACAGAGGUCGAGGUGGCAGACGAAACCAAGUACGAAACCACAAUGUGCUGUUGUUUCUUCAAGAGGAGAAAGAGGAAAGCUCUGCAGAGGCACAAAUGAAGCUUGGAACUUGAAUUGUUGUGGUCACUGUCGCGUUUUAAAUGGAAGCAACUACACCCCCCCCACCCCACCCCUCACCGCCACCACCACCAAACCCACCCCAGCAACCUGCCCCCAGACACCCCACCUGCCCCUCCUCCUGCCACGUUCACCCCUGUGCGCGCUCUCUCUCUCUAAAGGAAUGUUGAGGUCCUCUUUGACUCCACAACAGACUUUGAUUCCUUUUGAAAAACUUUAUUACUACAAAUGUGGGGGAGUGACGAUUUAAAGCUGUAAAACCUACAAAACUAUGUGGCGUGAAAAUGACAAAGUUGUAUUUAGAUUCCAUAACGGACUUGUAUUGUUCAGGGCAAAUGCGAGUGAAUGGAAAACACUCCUAAAGUAACUGGGUACCACUUUACAGUCAGUCUGCUUUUAUUUACAGUUGAAAAUGGGAUCAUUAUUUGGUAUUUUUAGGUCUUAAACAUAAUAUAAAUGAUUUAAAGCGGCAGUGGUGGUCUGUUGCUGAUCCAAUUAUGUGAUUUUAGUUUUACUAGCUGGAAAAAUAUAAGAAAUGACAUCGAUUUUACACUUUAAUUUCAUGAUUUGCGCGGAAAAUAUUGAUUACAGGGUUCGGAAUACCUUUUUUGAAUUUUAAGCAAAUUUUGCCUCUUACCCAGCUUUACAUUUAUUUAUUUCCACAAAUAGAAGUGCAAACUGAGCCAUGUCCUUGAAUACUGGUAAAUAAAAAGAUGGUUUAGCUGUAGAAUCUGGCAACCCAAAUCAAAAGAGCUCAUUCUGCUUUCUGAUUGAAACGAAAUUUAAAAGUAAAAAAACGCUUUCAUUAUUUAAGAGUCCGAUAUGACGAAAUUAUAAAAAAAUAUAUAUAAAUAGUUUUUCUUGUAGUGAUUCAGUUUUAUUUUAUCUUAUUAAAAAAGACCCCAGUUGAUCUUGGACAAAUAGAAAUGACUGAAUCUUGAUUAAAAUUCAAAAAUCAGUUUCAUAGCCCUAAUUUAAGGUUUGAAGUUGUGAAUAAAACAACAUUUUUCAGUUUCAUUAAAAACAAUCCAUGCGUUUCAGAAUGAUUAAAAGUUAGGACUGUUGCCAUGAAGAUUAACAGUUCAAAACCAAAUAUUGUAUCUUUUGAAAUGGUUUGAACGGUCCUCAAAAUGGCGCGCUUUUUCCUGUUAAAGCAGUACAGAGAACCAUGGCCACGUCGUACUAAUGUAUUAAUAAAUAAGCAUUAAUCCUACCUAAGAAUUUCAAAAUAAAAUGCAUUUCCUGGCCGUUUUAACCAGAGAAUAAGAGUAGACCUUUGUUAAAGUGGUACCUGGUGUUUUUAUUUUGUUGAUUAACUUCCUUGGUGUGGGAUCAAGAGUGGAGAGAUGGAUCUGUUCAAAUUUUGAGGAUUUUUAUGUCAUUUUUGUUUUCGUUUUUUUGUAAAUUCAAUCCUCAGUUUUCAAAAAAAAUCCCUUAAAGGUGCACUCUGUAGCUUUUGGUUGGGGGUCCGUCACCUGCUCGUUUCUGUGGAGAUGUCACGGCUCUACCUAACAUUUAUUCAAUUCAAAGCUCAAAAAUACCUAGAAAAACAAACAUUCUGACUGUGAACGGGGUCGCCUCUCCACAGAUCUGACCUGUAACUUGGUCUGGUUUGGUCUCUAUGAAGAUAGAAUGGUUUAUUACCGCAGACAAAGCAAUAACAUCUCCACGGAAACAAGCAUUUGACAAACGUUCCAGCAGAAAAGUUACACAACGCACCUUUAACUGAAAACUUAUUUUUAUGGCGUAGUGUUUUUGGACAAUUUUGCUCCUUGGAUUGGAAUUUUUCGUCUGUUAAUAUGGCGUUUGUAGCACAGUCUCUGGCCUCAGGUACUGUGUAUGAAGAUCAAGAAGAACUGAUAAUUAAGCUCUCUUACUAUUAUAUUAUUAUUAUUAUUGCACUUUUGGAGAAAAAUACACAGAAAUACAUUGACAGUGGAUGUUUAGGUUUGAAAUUAACAAUUAUGGAAAUGACUUAAUAAAGACUGACCUAGGAUGAGUCUUCACAACGCUUAUGUAUCUGAGUUACAGCCGAAUAAUGUGGAGUUACAUGGAGAAAAAACGAUAUGUCUUUCAUUUUUUUAUUUCUUACAUCAAAAUAAUUUACCAGGAAAUCAUAGUUUGUGCCUUUCUAAGUAAAAUGUUUAAAGCUC